AUGUCGGCGACGCUGUACCUGCUGUCUACGCUGGGCGGAUACGUCCUCACCUCGGCGCUUCUCCUCAAGUGUCCGGGGCUGCUCCACCGGCCCAAGCGGCAGCGCUUUCGCUGCCGGCACAUCUCCCACCGCGGCGGUGCUGGAGAGAACCUGGAAAACACGAUGGCAGCCUUUCACCAUGCGGUUAAUAUAGGAACAGACAUGUUGGAGCUAGAUUGUCACCUGACGAAAGAUGAGCAAGUGGUUGUGUCCCAUGAUGAGAACCUGAAGAGAUCAACAGGGGUUGAUGUCAACAUAUGUGACCUCAAAUACUCUGAACUUCCACCAUAUCUCUGCAAGUUGGAUGUCACGUUUCAGAAAGAAUGUCACUGCGAGGGAAAAGACAACCGUAUUCCACUCCUGAAAGAGGUGUUUGAGGCAUUUCCACAAACUCCUGUCAACAUUGACAUCAAAGUGAACAACAAUGUGUUAAUCAAAAAGGUUUCAGAGCUGGUGAGUCAGUAUAAGCGAGAGCAUUUGACAGUAUGGGGGAACGUCAAUUACGAGGUUGUAUCGAAGUGUCUUAAGGAGAAUGCUGACAUUCCCAUCAUCUUCUGUUUGCAACGUGUCCUCCUGCUCCUUGGUCUGUUCUACACUGGUCUGCUGCCAUUCAUUCCUUUCAAGGAAGAAUUCUUGGAAAUUCCCAUGCCUUCAAUCAUCCUCAAGCUGAAAGAACCACAGAAGAUGACAAGAAGCCAGAAAUUUAUUAUCUGGCUAGCUGACACAUUGCUAAUGCGGAAGGCACUUUUUGACCACCUCACUGCUCGGGGCAUUCAGGUGUAUAUUUGGGUACUGAAUGAAGAACAAGAAUACAAGAGGGCAUUUGAUCUGGGAGCAACUGGAGUGAUGACAGACUAUCCAACAAAACUUAAGGAGUUUUUACACAAUUAUCCAGUGUAAAGAAAGAAAACGAAGGAAGUUCUUGCAGAAUAGAUUGUGAGCCAAGGAUUUUCUUCAUUUAAAAAAAAGGAAAAAAAAAUCUGAGCAGCAUACAUAGAUCAUUUUGUUUGAAAGAUGUAAUUGGAUGAUCUAUUACCUUGUUGUCAAGUUACUACCUAAUGUAAAGGUUGUCUUAUUUAUUUUAAAAGUUUAAUUACAUAGUUUACACUUGUAAAUAGCUCAUUUAGCAACAGUGCACUUCACGCAUAGCGAUGACUAGAAAGAAAAUUGCUGGAUAGGAUACCUGUAGAUAAUAAGUGCUAUUUUACCUGUCACAAGUGUUCCUAAGCAGAUGUCAAGACGUGUCAGUUAUUCCAGUUAUAUUCUAGUGGGCAGAAACGGAAGAAUUUCUGAACGUGUACCCUAUGUGUGUGCAUUUUUCAUGGUGCUUUUAGUUGCAGAUAACUUGUAGGGCAAAAAGGAAAAACAACGCACAGAAGAAAUAGAAAGCAGAAUCUGUGGCUAGCCAGAUAGUUUAGCCUGUGAAGUGUAGUCAGUAAAGGCCAUCACCUUUUUACCAAAGUUAACUCACUUGGUCAGUGUAGAUUUACUCAAUUAUUCUUACUGAUAAGAAUGUUGAGCUUAAGUUGCAACUGUAUGUAGACCCCUUUGUGACGUGAUGGUAACACUGUGACUUACUAGUCAAGGUCUAAAUAGAGCAUUUAAGCCAGGUUCUGGGUUUGGCACUGAGUUCCACUGCAAGGGUCUAGGUUUGCCCCUGGUUCUGACCUGCCUGUCAGGCUACCAUGGCAUGGCAGUAGCUAGUUUUCCAGAAAGGAAGAUUGCACUUACUGUAGAUUAUACUUUGAAAUAGUCUUUUCACAAAGGAAGCCAAUGUUUCAGAAGUCUUUUGCACAUUUGUAGUUCUAACAUCCGUUGGCUUGGUGAAUGGGAAGUUGUUUUUAGGGUGAGGGACCAAAGGAGACUAAGUUCCGUCAGGAGUUUCAGGAACAAAUUAAAAUGUUCUUAUUAAAUGAAUUCACCAAAAGCAGAUUUAUAUGCAUACGUAUAAAAGGAGCAAGUGUCAAUCAAGGAUGCGUGUAAAUUUUAGUCUUUUCUCUCCACAAAAGUACAUUCAAUAUUCAUUAAGUUUAUGUGCAUGGACGUGGAAGUAACAUUACUGGCAAAAGCCAGGAAACCCCAGGUGUGAUGGAAUGGGGUUAGACAAAGUAUUUCUGGAAGCUUACACGCUGUUCUGUCGUUGUGAGCAGGUGUUAAACGUCUGUCAGAUUUGAGCCUGCAAUGCCUGCGUGCUUUGGUGUUGUCAUGUUAGUGGUAGGGGUUUUCAGAAGGAAUUUGAUUACUGUGGCUUAAUUAUACACAAUGACAUGUAUAAAGCUCAGUCAUCUAAUCAUCAGAUACUGCUGGAACAAAACUAUUGUUUAGUGAUAGUAUCUACUUCUUUAAGGAAUUCCAUGUGAAAAUCAUGGCUCUUAAAUACAGUAGUCAGAUACAAAAGUAUAUUUACUGCAAGGUAUACUCACUGUUAUAAAAACUUUUAAAGUAAGUAAUUUUUUCCCUGGCUAGCUGAGAUUUGGAAGGGCUCUUGUUUUACUCCACUGGCUGCUGCACCGUACUUGUAAUUGUGGAGCAUCUUUGACAGCCUACUGACAGACAUAAUGAAAUAGCAGUGUUAGAACGUCAAGUCCAUCUGGAUGGAUAAUAUUCAUUUGUGCAUUACAGUUUCUUUCUGAGGAAUAUUUCCCAAUGGAUGAAGUGGAAGGAACUACUGCAUUUAUGAUUUAAGUGAACAUGUGAUGAUAGUGGCAAAUGGUGUCCUUCUAAAUAUCUGCCUGGUUAAGAUGGCUGUAGAUUCAGUUAACUCUUAAUUUAAUCAGGUUUGUUGCUCGCUGAAGAAGAGAGGAAAAUAGAACUUCCUAACUGUUCAUAGGAAAAAGGAUUAAAUGAUUGAUUACGUGCUAAGCUUCUAGUUUCCCUUUCAGACCAGUUACGUCUGGUCAGAUAACUGCUAAUAAUCAGUCUAGUCAUAGUUCUGCCUGCUUUCUAAUAGUCACAGAAUAGAUCUUGAAUAGGCUCCAUUUGCAGCUCAGUAGGUAAAUGAAAAACUUCCACCCUUUCUGUCUUAACUUGGUUUACUACCCAGCGUGUAGCUCCAGAUAGGUUAAAAUGUUUUUGUUUUUUUUUAUCUAGGAAAAGCUAAGUUUUAAAAUACCAGUCUUGAUUUCUGGACUUGAUCUCUCAAGGGACAGGUGAUGACUUAAUUUCUCUUUCAAGUUUCCCUCAUCACUGCAUAAAUAAGCUAUUUUGCUGUAUUCUAUAUUGAAUGACAAAACACAGCUGUUGAAAUAACAAACUUAAUUUUUAAUUUCAUUUUAAUCUUUUUCCUCUUUAGCGGUGGGGUUGGGAACUUCUGCCUUCAAAGAUGCUCAACACAUGUUUUCAACCACUAGUCUUCCUGCAUCUGAUGUAGCUUUUGACUGUGCUGUUUAUACAUGACCUCUCUUUGAGAAGUCUGCUACUUAAUAUCUGAAAUUUGAAUGAGUCAACUUACGUGGGAGGGAAGGGGUUCAGUGCCAGAGAAGCUGCUGAAUUUAUUCAGUUACCCAGUUGGGCUUUAGUACAAGAGCUAAAGUUUGAUCUCUUGAGACAGAUAAUGUUGCGUGGAUGAGGCCAUGAAUCCGAGCACCAAUGCACAGGGCUUAGGCCAUGAUCACUGUUUGUAACAAAAUAAUACGGAACUGAGGUAACUGUAGAAUGUUUGUUCUAUCAAAUCAUUGUUUUGAAUAUUCCAGAACUUGCUGUGUGAUUUUUAAACCACUUGUACAGAAAAGCAUUUGUUGAGAACUUGCACAGCUGUCCAGGAGGAUGUUCAUUUAAUCUCUCUCUCCGAGGAGAGAUUCUUUUCAGGUACUUUUAACUCUCAAUACUGUUUAACACUUACUGUGUUCUCAAUACUGUUGCAAAAUAUUUUAUGUAUGAAGGAUGAUGCAUGUGUUCCAUGCACUUUUAAUUUGCAGAAAGUCUUGUGGACCUCUCUAGCCCCAAAUCUGUGAAGUGAUUUUCCUUUUCUUGUAAAGAAGGAUGGAUGCUUUUGAAAUGUGACACAUUAAAACAUCUUUGCUCAUAAAAUAUC